CGCAGCGGCCGGAACAUGGCGGACGGCGCGGCCGCGAUGGCGCCUGCCCCGGGCCCGAGGCCUCCGCGCGGCUGGUCGGGACGGCUGCGGGCCGGGCUGGCGGGUGCCGGGCUCUCGCUGUGGCUCGUGGCGGGGCUGGGGCUGCUGUAUGCGCUGCGGGGGCCGCUGAGGCUGUGGGAGAGUUUGGCAGCGGUGACAGUAUUUUUAAAUUCAUUGACACCCAAGUUCUAUGUGGCACUUACAGGAACAUCUUCUUUGAUAUCAGGACUAAUAUUUCUAUUUGAAUGGUGGUACUUUCAUAAACAUGGCACAUCUUUUAUUGAGCAAGUCACUAUAAGCCACUUACGACCACUGAUGGGAGGAGCAGAAAGCAAUAUUUCAGAACCAGGUUCUCCUUCCAGCAGCAGAGAAAGUGAACCCAGCAGACAGAAUUUGUCAGAAUGCAAAGUAUGGAGAAACCCUUUAAAUCUUUUCAGAGGAGCAGAAUAUAGGAGAUAUACUUGGGUGACUGGUAAAGAGCCACUUACAUACUAUGACAUGAAUUUGUCAGCUCAGGACCAUCAAACCUUUUUUACCUGUGACACGGAUUUUUUACGCCCUUCAGAUACAGUUAUGCAGAAGGCAUGGAGGGAAAGAAAUCCUCCAGCUCGAAUCAAAGCAGCCUAUCAAGCUUUAGAAUUAAACAAUGACUGUGCUGCUGCAUAUGUUCUGCUGGCCGAGGAAGAAGCAACAACUAUUGUAGAGGCUGAAAGGUUAUUUAAGCUGGCUCUCAAGACGGGAGAAACCAUUUAUAGGCAGUCACAGCAGUGCCAACAGCAAAGUCCUCAACAUGAAGCCCAAUUGAGGAGAGAUACCAAUGUACUGGUAUAUAUUAAGAGAAGAUUGGCAAUGUGUGCAAGGAAAUUAGGAAGAAUCAGAGAAGCAGUAAAAAUAAUGAGAGAUUUGAUGAAAGAAUUUCCUCCUCUUACAAUGUUGAACAUCCAUGAAAAUCUCCUAGAAUCACUUUUAGAAUUACAGGCCUAUGCAGAUGUUCAGGCAGUCCUAGCGAAAUAUGAUGAUAUAAGCCUUCCAAAGUCAGCAGCAAUCUGCUACACGGCAGCACUGUUAAAGACAAGGACUGUUUCAGAUAAAUUCUCUCCAGAAACAGCCUCUAGAAGAGGAUUAAGCACAGCAGAAAUUAAUGCUGUGCAGGCAAUUCAUAGAGCAGUGGAAUUUAAUCCUCAUGUUCCAAAAUAUUUACUAGAGAUGAAAAGUCUGAUUUUACCUCCAGAACACAUUCUGAAACGGGGUGAUAGUGAAGCAGUUGCCUAUGCUUUCUUUCAUCUUCAGCACUGGAAGAGAAUAGAAGGUGCUCUUAAUCUGUUACAGUGUACAUGGGAAGGCACUUUUAGAAUGAUUCCAUACCCGUUAGAGAAAGGCCAUCUCUUUUACCCGUAUCCCAGCUGCACUGAGACUGCUGAUAGAGAACUCUUACCUACUUUUCAUCAUGUUUCUGUUUACCCCAAGAAAGACCUUCCUUUUUUCAUCCAUUUCACAGCAGGACUGUGUUCUUCCACAGCAGUGAUAGCCCUUCUCACACACCAGUUCCCUGAAAUCAUGGGUGUUUUAGCUAAAGCUAGGUGCCUGGUGUUCACUGACAUAGAUCAAGAUGCUGCGUGCUUCUCGAGAGGUGUGGACCAUUGGACACUCCAUGCAUCCCCUCACAUUACUCAAACCCUGAUCUCAGCAUUCCGAUUUCUCUAUUCCCCAGUGUGUAUAAUAUGUUCUUGUUUGAAAUUCUUUAUAUAUUGCUUGCACAUUCUCCUAGGUUUCAGCACAUACCAGUUCCUUCUAUUUGGAAUAUCUGCCUUACUCUGACUGCCCUCAACCAGUCUAUACUGUAAAAACCCAACCAAAAGUCACCCCCUCUGGAAAACCUGAUUAGUCUCUUUGCCUGAUUCCUUUCUUCUGAAAUUUCUACUUCUUAGCACUUCACUGAAAUUGCUUCCUUUGUCAUUGUUGUUUCUGUUAUCAAACAAUGAUCUUCCUCCAUC